AUGCUAGGAUUAGGUGUGCGACGACUCAAAGCACGCCCCUCGCUGCUUGAUUUGAUUGCGCAUCACGAAGGAGACGAACAGCCAGUCGGUUCGAGGUCGUCAUCACCGCCUGGACUAGACAGCCCGCAACUGCCACCGCUCCCCGUGUCGCCCACUUCAUCAUCCUGCAGCGACAGCUCCUCCUCCUCUUCUUCUCCUCCUUCCCCCAUCCAUCCCUCCCCCUCCCCCGCGCUGUCCACUCCUGUCAUUCACCUCCCUGCUUCACGCACCAUGGCCCCCUCCGCUGAUGCUGGCGAGAGCCAACAUGGUUCCGUCUUCUCCGUCUCCGGUCCCGUCGUCGUGGCCGAGCAUAUGAUCGGCUGUGCCAUGUACGAACUGUGCCGUGUCGGUCAUGACCAGCUGGUCGGAGAAGUCAUUCGGAUCGAUGGCGAUAAGGCCACCAUUCAGGUCUACGAGGAGACAGCUGGUUUGACGGUCGGCGACCCCGUUACACGGACAGGAAAGCCCCUUUCGGUCGAGCUGGGCCCCGGUUUGAUGGAAACGAUCUACGAUGGUAUUCAACGGCCCCUGAAGGCGAUCUCCGACCAGUCCAAGGGUAUCUACAUCCCCCGUGGUAUCGCGGUUAACGCCCUGGAUCGUGAGAAGAAGUGGGACUUCAAGCCCGGCAAGUACAAGGUCGGCGAUCACAUCACCGGUGGUGACAUCUGGGGUACCGUUUUCGAGAACAGCUUGGUGAACGACCACAAGAUCAUCCUCCCUCCCCGCGCGAGGGGUACCAUCACCCGCAUAGCCGAGGCGGGAAGCUACACUGUCGAGGAGAAGUUGCUGGAAAUCGAGUUCAAUGGAGUCAAGACGGAACACAGCAUGAUGCACACCUGGCCUGUCCGUGUGCCCAGACCGGUCAACGAGAAGCUCUCGUCGGACGCACCUUUCAUCGUCGGUCAGCGAGUGCUGGACUCCCUGUUCCCCAGUGUUCAGGGUGGUACUGUCUGUAUUCCUGGUGCCUUCGGAUGUGGAAAGACUGUCAUCUCCCAGAGUGUCUCCAAGUUCUCCAACAGUGAUAUCAUUGUCUACGUCGGUUGUGGUGAGCGUGGUAACGAGAUGGCUGAAGUGUUGAUGGAUUUCCCCGAACUUUCUAUUGACGUUGAUGGCCGCAAAGAACCCAUUAUGAAGCGUACCUGCCUGAUCGCCAACACCUCCAACAUGCCUGUCGCCGCCCGUGAGGCGUCCAUCUACACCGGUAUUACGAUCGCUGAAUACUUCCGUGACCAGGGCAAGAACGUGGCUAUGAUGGCAGACUCCAGUUCCCGCUGGGCUGAGGCUCUUCGUGAAAUUUCCGGUCGUCUGGGAGAGAUGCCGGCUGACCAGGGUUUCCCUGCCUACCUGGGUGCCAAGCUGGCUUCCUUCUACGAGCGUGCCGGUAAGAGUAACGCUUUGGGUAGCCCCGAGAGAAUUGGUAGUGUCAGUAUUGUCGCUGCCGUCAGCCCUCCGGGUGGUGACUUCUCGGAUCCCGUCACCAGUAGUACCCUGGGUAUUGUCCAGGUGUUCUGGGGUCUGGACAAGAAGUUGGCUCAACGUAAACAUUUCCCGUCGAUCAACACGUCGAUCUCUUACAGCAAGUACACGACGGUUCUGGACCGGUACUACGAAAAGCAUCACCCCGAGUUCCCUCGCCUGCGUGACCAGGUCAGAGAGCUUCUGACCAAGUCGGAGGAUUUGGACCAGGUCGUGCAGCUGGUUGGUAAGGCCGCUCUGGGUGACUCUGACAAGAUCACUCUGGAUGUGGCUGCCAUGGUCAAGGACGACUUCCUGCAGCAGAACGGUUACAGUGACUACGAUCAGUUCUGCCCGCUGUGGAAGACCGAGUACAUGAUGAAGGCGUUCAUGGGCUACCACGAUGAAGCCCAGAAGGCGGUUGCCCAGGGCCAGAACUGGUCUAAGGUUCGUGACGCCACCACCGACAUUCAGAGCUCUCUCCGGGGCAUGAAGUUCGAGGUGCCGACCAACGAGGCGGAAGUCUCCGAGAAGGUAAGCCAGAUGCCUCCGUUCUUUACUUGUAGCAUAGCAAAUUCCCAGUAUAUAAGCUUCCAUUCAUGGAAAGUCACAAUCAACUUAAGUAAUGUUGUGCGUUCAAAACCCCAUCGAUCUGCCUCAGAUUGCCGUCGUCGCCUGCCUCGUGGUUCUGGAAUUGUCACUCGGAGACCCCUCGUACUGCAACUUAUCAACAGGCCCGCUGGUUCGCAAACAAACGGUGUGAAGGAGGAGGCCCUGGAGACGACGGAUAAGGAGGCCAACAUUGACGAAUACGGCGAGUUUCUUCAUAUCCCCGGUCAGAAGUUCUACGAUUUCAACAAGAUCCGCGAGGAGAUUGUGCGCGAAACCGAGUCCAAGGUCGGUCGCAAUGCCGGUAUCUCGCCCGCUCCUAUCAACCUGCGAAUCUACUCGCCUAAUGUCUUGACUCUCACACUCGUCGACUUGCCCGGUUUGACCAAGGUCCCCGUGGGUGACCAGCCCAAGGAUAUCGAGCGUCAGAUCCGUGACAUGGUUUUGAAGUACAUCAGCAAGCCGAACGCAAUCAUCCUGGCCGUCACUUCCGCCAACCAGGAUCUGGCCAACUCGGAUGGUCUGAAGUUGGCGCGGGAGGUCGACCCGGAGGGUCAACGCACGAUCGGUGUGUUGACCAAGGUCGAUUUGAUGGAUGAGGGUACCGAUGUUGUGGAUAUUCUUGCGGGCAGGAUUAUCCCUCUGCGUCUGGGUUAUGUUCCGGUCGUCAACCGUGGUCAGCGUGACAUUGAGAACAAGCGGCCUAUCGCAUAUGCCCUGGAGCACGAGAAGAACUUCUUCGAGGGUCACAAGGCUUAUCGCAACAAGUCUUCGUACUGCGGAACUCCUUAUCUCGCCAGGAAACUGAACCUGAUCCUUAUGAUGCACAUUAAGCAAACCCUUCCCGAUAUCAAAGCGCGCAUUUCGUCCUCCCUUCAGAAGUACUCCUCGGAACUGUCACAGCUGGGUGACUCGAUGCUCGGAAACAGUGCUAAUAUCGUCCUCAACAUCAUCACGGAGUUCAGCAACGAGUACCGCACAGUGUUGGAGGGAAGCAACCAGGAGCUGUCCAGUAUCGAGCUGUCCGGCGGUGCGCGUAUCAGCUUCGUGUUCCAUGAGCUCUACUCCAACGGUAUCAAGGCCGUCGACCCAUUCGACCAUGUGAAGGACAUUGAUAUUCGCACCAUCCUCUACAACUCGUCUGGUCCCUCACCGGCAUUGUUUGUGGGCACCACUGCUUUUGAAUUGAUCGUGAAGCAGCAGAUCAAGCGCCUGGAGGACCCCAGCUUGAAGUGUAUCUCGCUGGUCUACGACGAACUUGUCCGCAUCCUGGGUCAACUCCUGAACAAGUCGCUGUUCCGGCGGUACCCCAUGCUGAAGGAGAAGUUCCACGCGGUUGUUAUUGGCUUCUUCAAGAAGUCCAUGGAGCCGACCAACAAGCUUGUGCGUGACCUGGUUAACAUGGAGGCAUGCUACAUCAACACGGGUCACCCUGAUUUCCUGAACGGACACCGCGCUAUGACUAUCGUCAACGAGCGUCAAACCGCAGGCAAGCCGACUCAAGUGGACCCCAAGACUGGCAAGCCUCUGCCCCCGCGGGCGAACAGCCCGUCGGUUGAGGUUCCUGUGGACAACAGCAACUCCGGUGGGUUCUUCGGCAGCUUCUGGGCUUCGAAGAACAAGAAGAAGAUGGCUGCCAUGGAGCCGCCACCGCCGACCUUGAAGGCGUCUGCCUCUUUGUCGGAGCGGGAGAGCGUGGAGGUUGAGGUCGUCAAGCUCCUGAUUACCUCGUACUUCAACAUUGUGAAGCGGACUAUGAUUGAUAUGGUGCCCAAGGCCAUCAUGUACACUCUCGUCCAGUUCACCAAGGACGAGAUGCAGCGCGAGCUCCUCGAGAACAUGUACCGCAACAGCGAGCUGGACGACCUGCUGAAGGAAAGCGACUACACGGUCCGCCGGCGGAAAGAGUGCCAGCAGAUGGUGGAGAGCCUUUCCCGGGCCAGCGAGAUCGUCAGCCAGGUUCAAUAA